CGCGACUUGCCAGAAUGCCUUGCGCAUGCGACGGGCCGGCACUCAUCUUCUGCUCCGCAGGCGGGGACCAGUUGGCUUCAGCCGGUGGAGUCGCAGGCAUCCCGCCGCGAUUUCCUGGCGAGGUCCGUCGGGCACGUGGACACGUCGCUGGACACGCGGCUACGGAGUUUAGCAGCGAAGGUGGAUUAUGCGGUGGAGGCAAUGCUCUUCGCAAGAGAUUACGCUCUUCGGAGGCCACGACGAGAAGAAGAAGAAGAGCAGCAGCAGCAGCAACAACAACACCUGACCUCUACCUCACCGCUUAGGGAUGAAACUUCCCGUGGGAGAGACCGCCGCCUUGCCGCGGAGUGCGUCGUGAAGCUGAUGGAAGCCGUGACUCUGCUGAACGAUGCAUUGCAGACUGUCGAGCCGAUCACUUCAGGGGAUGCCACCGGCGUUGUGGGCCAUGAGAAGAACUGCCGACUCGCGAAGCACCUGAGGAAGCAGCGGGAUAUGCUGCACCUUCUGCUGGAGGAGAUGCGGGAUGUGGACACGUCGGGGCGGCGGCGUAUGGCCUCUGCGGCCGUCCUUCUGUGUGACCCUCUCACUGAGCCUCUUGCGACCGCCGUAGCGGAGCGGCUGGGCACGGUGUUGGAGCGUCUUCAACGCGGGGAGCCGUCUCGCACGAGCCAUUCAACUGGCCACGCUGGCGGUGACGCUGGGGUUCUAAAGGGCGACAAGAUCACUUCCUUCACAUCGCCCCCACCUCGGAUUCCUCGAGGAGUAAAAAAAGAUGAUGAUUGUGAAGUGGCAGCGAACGGUAGCGCCACGCGUCAAGUUUACUUGAAUGGAGGAAUCCGUGGGCCAAUCCCACGCCACACAUUUGGUUUUACUGGGGGGCGCCUACAGGUGUCAAACAACGGCACACGUCUGCAGCGCCUGUUGCUUCCAAGUUUAUUGGACACCAUGACGGUCUCCGCGCUCGGGGCACUGGACCACCGAACAGUUCUCACUGCGCAGCAGUCUGCUGCUCCGUCGUGUUUCGAGUACACAAUACGGGUGUGUAUGCAUUGCGAUGGUCUGCUUGUAGGGUUUGCUGACCGCUAUCUGCCUCUGGAGGGGUUUGGUCCGGCGCAGAACUCAUUGCGGUACACAAACUGCUACUAUCUGCAUUUGGGCCGCGGCACUUUAUUUUGUCCGGCGCAGGGGAUGGUGGACGUGCCUUACCCUGCGUUUCAGCGCGCUGCUCCUGGCAUCACCACGAAGGAACCGCUGAGUCACUGUAACAACAACAAGGAUGGCGCAACUACUAAUAAUACUACUAAUACAAAUAAUAAUACAGCUGCUGUGCGUAUCGGUGAGGAGAUCAGCUGCUCUCUUGACACGGUGACGCGGACGAUACGGUUCCGUCGGGACGAUGUUGACUGUGGCGUUGCCUUUGAGCGUGUCAGCCUGAAUCGAUCGCUUUUUCCUGCUUUUGAGGUGAACUCACGGGGCUGUACGAUAGAGUUCGUAUGA